UAGGAACACCUUAAACAUUCGAAAUUCGUAAAUCAUUAGAAUUAUGUUACGAGAUAUUCAUUUCCACUUCCACUGAAUCCAGAAGUUUCAAUCUCUCCGAUCAUCUCGCGUUUCUCUUGAAACCUGAGUUGGAAGUGAAGGAUAAUGAAAUCUUGUUGAGUUGAGUCUCGAAACCCGAAGAAAGAAGCAGAGGCUCAGGAUUGAAUGAAUGAAUUUACUCGACAACAAAGAGAGGAGUAAAGGUUCUCUUCAAAUAGCUUGAGGUUCGUCUUUACUUCAGGUUCAGGAGAAAGAAAGCUCAGAGCCACAGUGAGAUAGAGUGGUGAAGCUGGGUUCCGAAUGAAAAGAGAGCGAGCCUUCGGAAUAAUCUCGAUCAUCAGCUGCAACUUUCUUUGUACAUCUACCAAAGCUUGGCCUAGCAAUACUAAUUCUCAUACACUAACCAAAAAAGUUAUGAACUAAAUGAGAAUUAAUAACCAAAAUAAACAAGAAUAUGAACCAUAAUGGUUAUAAAGAGUUAAUAACCAAAAUAAAUGAGAAUAUGAAACAUAUGAAAGGUUAUAAGAGUUAUGGAAAUACAACUUCAUGACAACUUACAACAUUAUAUCCAUGUUAUGCUCUUGGGCAGUCUUGAUAUAUUUACCGAUCCUUCUUUGAAUUUAAUAUGCUUGUGGAUUCCUUCCUUGAAGGAAGGCUAGUUCAGAUCUCUGAUUUUAACUCCUUAGCAAAUUUAACGCAGUGUGCGGUCUUCUCUGGUUUUGCUUUGUUAUGUCAAGGCAUCAAUCUGAUGCAGCUGGCCAAGAUAAACUCGGUCCUGAUUACUUCAGUUACUUCAGACGGGAAGUUAUAGAUUUGUUAUCUCAAGAGGAUAAUCUGCUUUCUACUUCUUCUUCACAUGAUUCACGGAUGUCUGAAGCUUCAUCUUCAUUUGGUGAUAGCAUGGGACGUAAGCUCUCUCAUUUUAAGAAAGAAAAACUGAAGGCAUUGCUCAGGCAGAGUGCUGUUAUUCUUUCAGAAGAAGUAAAUGAGAUGCUCGGGCCUGCUCUAUCUAUCCAACAAUUGAAGUCAGAUUUGAGAUCCAAAAAGAACUUGGAAAAUGUAGACAAAAUAGUUAUGAAUGAUGCAGAGCAAGCUCCUUGUAAGAAACUCAAAUCCUCAUCCUCUUCAACCAGCCUAUCUGCGCACAAGAAUUGUGGUAGUCUUGGAAGUAGUAGAGUGAUAGAUGAUGAAUUGCAGUUCUUUCUAGAGAAUAAUAGUGAGCAGAUCGAAGCAAUAGUGACAAAUCUUUCAAGCGAACUGUCUGGAAAACUAGGACACAUGGAGCAACAGCUUGAGGAAGUUCUUGAUUCUGUAACAUCAAAUUGCAGGCCUAUGACCUUCAAGGAAAAGGAACAGCUUCAGAAAAUGAUUCAGGUGCUUCCACCCCAAAAUCUUGGCCGUGUCGCAGAAAUCAUCCAACAUAUGACAGACGAAACGGAUUCCUCUUAUGAAAUCCAUAUUGAUUUGGAUAAAGUGAAUAACACCACUCUGUGGAGAUUAUAUUACUAUGUAGUAGCAGUUGAGAAAGCAAAGAAGCUAGCAUCCCAAUGAAUAACUUUGUCCUCUUGUUUUUGCGGCUCCAAGAAUCAUUUUUGAAAGAAGAUGAUGCAUGAUGCCUUCAUGCUCUGCCUUUGAAGAAGUUUAGAAGCCCCUCCUCUCUUUGUUUCUAGGAUUUUGGAGGUGGCUGCUCAUAUCUUAACUUGAAUUGUGGUUGAUUUUGAGGAUAAGAACACGUUCUUUUAGUUUGAACGACUAAAAUCAUUCUUAGCUUUGUUAUAUUUAUUAAAUAUGACUGACUUCUAAAACACGACCAAAUUGGAAUUGC